AUGAUGAAGCUCUCUCGUUUCUUCACGCUGCUUUUUGUUGUGCUUUUAGUGUUUGUCAUUGUUUUCCUUCAAAAACGACAUAUAAAACACAAAGAUUUGCACAUAACAUCUCGGAUAUUAAAUUGGCCAUGGCCAUACCAUGUACCGAAAAUAUGGCCGCCAUAUUCCUCCCCAUCCGUCUACCCUAAGAGUCCAUCGGUUCAAAUACCAGAAUCUCCACCUCCAGAUUACCCUGAGAAUCCUUACAAGUUGCGGGUUUUUAAUGUGUUGGACUUCGGUGCUCAGGGGAAUGGUGUCAAAGAUGACACUGAAGCAUUCCAGGACACUUGGAAUGCUGUUUGCCAAGCUGAAAUUAGCACUGCUGCCAUGUUUCUUGUUCCUAACAAUUUAUCCUUCUUGAUUCAACCUAUCGUUUUCGAGGGGCCUUGCAAAUCUAGGCUUGUGUUUCAGAUUGAGGGAGCCCUUAUGCCUCCGGAUGGACCCGAUCAAUGGCCCCCAAACACCAAGAGGCAAGACUGGCUGCUCUUCAAAGAAGUCCAUAGAAUGCUAAUGCAAGGGAAUGGUCUUUUAAAUGGGAGAGGAGAGAAAUGGUGGGACCUCCCCUGCAAGCCUCACAAGGGAGGAAAGGGUCCUUGUGAUAGCCCAUCUGUAAGUGCUCACCACAGAAGUUAUUAUCAUGAUUUAACAGUUGAAAAUAGCCCUCUUUAUAUCAUAAGGUUCUCAAAAGGGUCAGAUUUGUUUGUUCGAGGACUUAGGCUUGAGAACAGCCCCAAGAUUCAUAUUCGUUUUGAUAGUUGUGCACAUGUCAGUGUCGAAAGCAUUAGCAUAAUUUCACCUGAAGACAGUCCCAACACAGAUGGAAUCCACAUAGAGGACACAACCAAUGCCGAAAUACACCAUUCAACCAUUUCCACGGGCGAUGAUUGUGUCUCGAUUGGAACGGGCUGCUAUAACGUGGAUAUAAGUUACAUGACGUGUGGUCCAAGUCACGGAAUAAGCAUAGGUAGUCUUGGCAAAGGAAACUCACAAGCCUGUGUUACAAACAUCACAGUGAGUGACUCCAUCAUCAAGAAUUCCAACAACGGUGUUCGGAUCAAAACAUGGCAAGGCGGCUCCGGCAUGGUAUCUAAAGUAACCUUCAAGGACAUUCACAUGGACACAGUUUUAAACCCCAUUAUCAUAAACCAGUUUUACUGCCUCAAGAAACAAUGCUCCAACCAAACUUCUGCAGUAUUGAUUGACAGUGUUCAGUUCUCAAACAUAAUGGGCACGUAUGACAGUAGAAAGCCUCCUAUGCAUCUUGCUUGCAGCGAUUCACUGCCAUGCAAAAAUCUGACCCUGUCGGGAAUACACUUGCUUCCUGCUCAAGGAGGGACUCACUUGGAUCCAUUUUGCUCGCAAGCUUUUGGUACUAAGGAUGCAUUUUCCACUCCACAGGCUCCAUGUUUGAUGACAGGUUACCCCAAAGGGCUGGAAAAUGAGGUGGAUAGGUCAUGUUUUUAG